AUGCCAAAGUUUCCCCUCAAAAGAAAGAAACCCAGCUUCGCAAACACCAAUAUCAAGUGUUACCUCUACCGAAGCGCCACAAAAAAUGGGGAGAGAAACACAUACCUGGUGGAUAAAAGGAAAAAGGUGGAAGAGAGGGUUAAACUUACGACUACCAACAAGUAUAACGAAAUAGUUGCCCUGUUCAGAAGCAGAAACGAAGGCAACCCGGUGAACAAAAGCAGAAACACCCAUUACUGUAAUUUUGCAAAAGCAGACGUUUUAACUCUUGCAAGGAGAGACAUAGAACGGCUGAAAAAAAAUAAAUUUAAAUAUCUUCCCUUAGCAGGGAAUAGAAAACACCACAUUAAAAAAUUUCUCACAGAGUGCAUUUUUUCCAACAAUGUUAAGCAGUUGGUGGGAACAGCUAAGAGACACAUCCACCGAGCGAGUCUCUAUCACCUUUUUCUUCUUCUUAAGUUAAGUGUAGAAUUUAAAAAUUGUGAAUUUUUCAAGUUGAAUGCGUUAGAGGCUUUUACGAACAAAGUGGAGUUGCUCGGACGGCGCCAGAAGAAAGGACAUUUAGGGAAGAACGACAGGUCACUGGUUCUCACCUACCAACGUAUUCUGGAGGAUACGUUUUUUGCUAAUGCAGAUGGUGUUUCGCAGGAUGUGUACUUGUUCGAUGUGGUCAGUUUUGUGAAUGAGGUCGUCCAGCGAGGAGCGGCAGAGGCAUCCUCCCCCAAUAACAGCAUAGCUACAGUUAAAUCCGCCCCAGACAGGAGCGAACCUCCUUGUCCGGACAAAAGGCACCCGCAGAAACCCGGAAAUUUUGUGCACCAUGGGGGGAAAAGCGACCGGAUGAAACGGCGCGGCGGACACAAGGCAAAAAAGGAGGAAAACGAAAACCACGUAACACGAAGGGAUGAAAUAUACCAAGACGAAAUUAAAUACUUUUCCUACAAUCACAGGACGAACCAUUUGGGAGUCUACAAAGAAAUUUAUGAAAAGUCUGAUCAGUACAAAUGUUUAAAAUUUUACGAAAAUGCAAAAAAAAAAAUUGCAGCGCCGGGGGAGGGAAGCUUCUCACAAGAGCUGCUAAACAAUAAGCUCAGAAGGAGCCUCCUUAACCAGGCAAAUGUUGCAGAUAGCAACGUUGAACAGAGCAACGUUGGAGACGCGUAUAUGGGCCAGUCGGGAAGGGCCCCCCCGAGCAACACAUUAAGUCGAUACACACUGAAGGAGUCCGUGCUAAACGCGUUCCUCUCCGUGUGUGCAAAUAAUUACGACGACAGGACGUAUAAAUACAUGAAGGUUGUUUAUUUCACCAAUUUUUACGUCUACAAUCCGCUAUUCCUGUUUCAGUAUUUUAGCCACAUCCCAGCAAGUGAAAAUAAAUUCUUCGAAUUGUACUUAACAGAAUUUCUAAAAUUCUUAAACAACAUCAUUUUGCAUUUUCACUUUUAUUUAAUUCCCUUUUUUACCAAUUUGAAUUACUCCACCGUCUUUUUGAAUUUUUUUAAAAAAAAAAUGUUACACUAUGAGGGGGAAGGGGUAAGCGAAAGGAGUGUGCACAUAUAUAGACGAUCGAGUAACCAUCAGCUGUUGAAGGAAAAAAUUUCCUACACUUACGGAGGUUGUCACAGUAGGGAGAAGGACGUGGCGUUUAUUUUGUUUCUUUGUUAUGAAAUUUUCCGAUCGGACAGUUUAGUGGAAAAGUACCGGCAAAUUUAUUUGGACAAUUUUUACCUGUACAGUUCAGAAAGGCAGGAGAAGAACCCCCCCCUCAGUAUUUUCUUUAACUUUUUAAAUUACCGAAGCGUUUUCAACAAAUAUGAAGAUGAGCUGAAAGGGGUGCAGAUUGAGAGGAGGCAAUUCUAUAAACCCCUUGUGGCGGUUACGAAGAGGAUAAGGGAACACAGUUCAGUGAAUGCCCGCACAAAUCGGGAGGAAGAAGCUACCCCCCUGAUGGGACACACACUAGAGGGAGUUCAUUCAGAUGGUAGUGUCCCCUUAACCAAUAUGGUAGGGCGUCGUGCUGUUCCACACGGCAAGUUGGCCUCUAAUUUUCCGUUGAAGAGACGGGAAUUCCUCCGGGGAAUGCAGAGGGCCCAUCAGGAGUUUGCCGCCUCGCUGGGGGGAAUAACCAGCAGGGGCAAAGUUGACAAAAAUGGCAAAAUUGUUACCGAUGAACCAAAUGGAACGAAUGGACCGACAAGAGAAAGCACCCAACGACAGAUCCUCCAGUUCCACGACGCCAACCUCAAGCACAACACCAUUUCAGUCCGCAAGAGGGAAGUCUUCAAUAUGAUCCUGCACCUAAACAAACACAACUUCACGCAAAGUGCAAACUACCUGAACAAAUUGUGCUUUUUUCUCCUAAAUGAAUUCUGCGAGAAGGACAUAGUUACCCUCUUUACUAACCACUUGAAGUACAACGGGAAUGACCACGAUCUGUUGUUACUUAACAAAAUACUUAACAUUUUAAUUUACAAAAAAAGGAAUAUUUCCCUGAGUAACAAUAUUGUCAUCUGUAACAGUCUAGCCAAAUAUCAGCUCUUUAACAAUAAUUUUUUUUCGUUGGACAAAAGUAACUUUUUCGAUGAAGUGACUGAUGCGAAUAUUCACUCGCUUGUCGCGUUGCUCUACUCCUGGGGGAAACUCAAGGUGAGAAAUAUCGACCCCCUUUUUUACGUGCGUGUUAUUAAAGAAAUUAUUAAAAAGAUAGACAAGAUUAAUGAGUAUGGGUUGUCCUGCCUGCUGUACGGGCUGAACAAUCUUAUAGAUAGGAGGAAGGUGUCCAUAAUGGAGACCGCUUCGGGGAGUUUCGAACAGGCCAACCACAUCGAACAGGGAAAACACAUCGAAUGUGAUAAACGUGUCGAACGUGGAGUAGUGGCCCCCCAAAGCGACGUCCAAACUGCAGCACUCGAAAACGAACUCAUAAGAGCAAUAGUCAACAAAUUAAUCAUUUUCAAAAACAUGAAUAUAAAUUCCUUUUGCAUAUCAAUUUCUUGUCUCUCCAAAAUAAAUAUUUUUCCCAAGGAAUUAUAUGAAGAGGUCAAAACGGUCACCUAUAAAUACAUGCACAGCGUGAAUGUGACUUCACUGCAACACCUCCUUCUAGCUCUGUCCAAAUUUUACAUAAAAAAUAAAAGAAAUCAGAGUAUGGAUGAACUGAUAUUUGAUAUUUUCAAUUUUCUCUUCACAUAUAAAUAUAAUGAUAUAUCUUUUAAGUGUGCGUGUAAAUUUUUGCACAUUUUGAGCCUACUGAAUUGGCGGGAUGAAGACUUCAUUUUGCUUCUUCUGUUAGUCAUUUCGAAUGAGCAGAAGAUGCUUGGUGGUGUGUAUACAGGGAGGAAUGUCUCUUCUGGAGAGGAAAAUGCCCUUAAGGGGUUAACAGUCAACAGGCCCCACUUGGCCAACCUGAACACACGCACCCCGUUUAGCGGGGGAACGCAACUUACAUAUCUACCCUACGGAGCAACAAACACCCACCAUACGAAGGAACCACCCACCCUGAAUAGCGACCCAUCGGCGAAGCGAACAAACCAGAGUGCCAAAUACAAGGGUUCCCUAUUCAUCAAAGGGUUAAGUGCACUGAAGGAGGACGACUAUUUUAAGAGUUCCCAUAGCGCCUACCCGUUUCUUGACAUCAAAAGUUGCAAAUUCGAUUUGAACAAGGUUUUGUUAAUUUUUAAAAAUGCCGAUAGUAGCUACCUGGUCAACGUGUUGGAGAGUUUGUACAGUUUAUCGUACUAUUCCUACUUUUCAAUUCACCUAACCGUGGUCAUAAAAAAUAUUAUGAUAAAGCAAAUCCACGACUUGAAGGUGUCCAGCAUAAUGGCUCUUCUUUUUUCCUACGUGGAUUUGCACUUCCUUGACCACUCUCUCUACGACAUGGAGUUGAAUUUAUUUUUAAGUGAAGACAGUGGUGGUACUGCACCCAUUGAAGAGGGGGGCCAAUGGAAUGAUGAACAGACCCUACUCUUGGAACGUAACGUGGUGGAUGCGAUUGAGAAGGAUGCCUCAGAAGGGGUAGGCGAAAAUGAAAAACUCAUUCGGCCAAAAAGGAACCAAUACCCUCCCAGUGACGAAGGAACAACUUAUGCUAUGCGAGAACAGCUGCACAGUCUGUACAAUUACAUGCUUUGUAACUUCAAAAGGAUGAAUGAGCAAGAACGGAUGCUCUACAUCGAGAAGCUUAAACUGGUCAUGUGUGAAAUGAAGAAGAAAAAAAAAUAUUUUGUGGACAAUAUUUACAAUGAGAACAACACGCCAAGUGUGGAAUAUAUACUUUCCAUGAUUCAUGACUAUGAUGAGAUGGGGAAGGAGAACUGCCCAAUGGCGGAGGGGGGAAGAUUCCCCUCCCAGAGGAAAAGCGGCCAACGAGCGGGAUGCAAUCCGGAUAUGGAUACGCGGAAGAAGGAUGCCGAAUUGGACAACACGCUCAAGGAGAAACACUUCGAACAGAUCAAAAAUAUUGUAGACCAAUUCAGCUCGGUGAAGAAGUUCCACCUGAAGGACAAAACGCUAAAUGAAAAAUUACAAAAAAAAGAAUACUACGAUGAUUUCUUCUUUUUAAAAUAUAGAGAAUAUUACAAAGAAGACCUCAUCAAUUUAUGCCUCGAAACGAUGCUAAAAAAUGUGACUUACAUUUUGAACAAUUAUAAGCAGUACAGAAACUGCAGCACUUUUUUCCUCCUCCUCUUCUGCGACAUUUUCCUGCCGUACAGCAAGAGCGACAUUUUUUUCUACUUCAAAUCCAUUCAAAGAUGUUACGAUGGCAGUUGUAACAAAAAUGGAGAUGAUAACAAAUGGCAACAAAAGUUCGAGCACAUUUUGGAAAACAUAGAGCUGUCCCACUUUACUGCAGACACGAUCAGAAAUGUCAUUAACGCGAAAAAUGCUUCCCACAUGGUCAUCCCUUAUUUGGACAUAUUACAGCACAACAAUAACUUCCUCAACAAAGCCGUAUGUGCGAGUGGUAGGAAUGAAGAUGGGGCGCACUGCGUAGAGGACCUUCAACAUGUUAGCGGUCAGCGAUAUAACCAUCCGGAGGGAGAAACACGGAAACAGGAUGAGACGCAUGGAGACAUCUCAAACGAAUACCAACACUUCAUAAACUCGUAUGACUCCACUUAUAGGCCCAAAAAGAUCAAGCUUGAAAAUAUCGUCCCCUUAAACUUAUUGUACAAAUUCUUCCAACUGUUCAACUUUAACAUAAAUAACGUGCAACUGAUUUAUCUGCUAAACGAAGUGAUUAAGGAAAACGAACCAAACGAGGCAAAUGAAUCAAACGAAUCAAACGAGCUACUCGGAAAUGACAACACAAACCAGUUUAGCAAAAGUGAAAUUUCGCCUGAACAGUUCAGAAAAGUUUCCUACCCCCUCAUACAAAUACGAAAUAAAACCUUAAUUGUUCAUAAAAAUUCGAAAAAAGUUUUUUUUAAAAAUUUCAACAUCAUAGAUCAUUACUAUAAACCAUCAAGAGGUAUGCUUAUACAAAUAUUGGACAAUGGCAUUCAUAAGGCUGUUUCGAUUUAUGUGGAUGUGUACGUUGUUGCUUAUAAGGUGGAUAUGGUCAUUGAGCGCGACGCGGUGUUGCGUCAGUAG